GAUAUCGACGGCUGUAAUCUCGUGGCGACAGGGCGGUUUGGUGAGUUGACGUUGCGAUGUCACUAAGCCGUGGCCUGUUUUGGACGAGCGCACGGCCUCAGGGGCUCGCUUGCCUGCCCGUUCCGGGUUAGUGCGGGGCUGGCCGAUAUCAGAUUCCUGGGCUGCCCUGCGGCUUGGCAUGCCUGACCUCUCCAGCUUUCUGAAGUCGCGGUCUCCGCCCUUUCUCCGCAACAUCCAACGCCCAGACCUUCCCACCCACGACUGCUCUCUGGGAUUCUGUGUGUGUCAAGGUUCUCUUCUUUGGAGGUGGCAGUAGUAUAUUUGUUUCUGCCUGAGUUUCGAGUUUCUUAUCCCGCCUCGCAUCUGCAGUCAUGGAUUCCCUCAACGAGCCCAACAGUGCAGCCAUCCACGGUGCGCGGAGACGAGGGUCCGUCGGUGCUUCUCAAGUCCUAGAAAACAUCGUAUCUGGUUCAAAUUUCGACAGAGAUGAAGUGGACCGGCUACGAAAGCGGUUCAUGAAGCUGGAUAAGGAUAACUCCGGUACUAUUGAGCGGGAAGAGUUUCUGUCGCUUCCCCAAGUUUCGUCCAACCCGCUUGCGACCAGGAUGAUCGCGAUCUUCGAUGAAGAUGGCGGUGGCGAUGUUGACUUCCAAGAAUUCGUGUCCGGUCUGUCAGCUUUCAGCUCCAAGGGUAACAAGGAAGAGAAGUUGCGGUUCGCUUUUAAGGUCUAUGAUAUCGACCGGGACGGAUAUAUAUCAAAUGGAGAACUGUUUAUCGUCUUGAAGAUGAUGGUUGGAAGCAAUCUGAAGGACGUGCAACUCCAGCAGAUCGUCGACAAGACUAUCAUGGAGGCGGACAAGGACAAGGACGGCAAGAUCAGCUUUGAAGAGUUUACCGACAUGGUUGAAAAUACGGAUGUCAGCAUGAGUAUGACGUUGAACCAUAUCUAGGCGAUCCAUACUACAACUACCCCUCACGAACCGCUUGUUGUUUUCCUUGUGCAUACUUCCAACCUCUUCGCCCUUCUUACGCGACAUUU